CGACGACAAUGACAAGCAUCAGCCUCCCUGGCGAUCCGGGUUCGCAUGCCUCUUAUGCUGUGCUUCGUAAUUACCCGGUGCUGUACAAUCGCGCAAGCUCUUGUUGUUUUCUACGAUCGGGUUUCAGGAGGGGGAAUUCCAGCGAAAUAUACACGAGCUCGAUGUCUAGCAAUCUGGCUUGACUUACCGUGGCAUUGUGAACAAUCCAAUGGGGAAUUCGUCAAUGUUUCAUCUUUAUCGAGAGUGCAAAUAAAGAUCAAUGCAAUGUCCACUUCGCACCAGUGGCAAGAACGACAAAGAAUCUCAUAACGAGCCAAUCCCGUUAGACGUAAUUUUUUUUUAUCUCUACCGUCGUCAAAUAAGCAACGAGUUGAUGAUCGCUUCUUGGUUCAAAACACUGUUGACUUAAAAAGGGAGAACCAGACCGUGUAGGGUAACCAGGCAGGAACCUUCCGCUGAGUAAGCGGACGGACGGAAAAGGCUUGACGUAAUCUUUCUCUCGAACCUCCUCCACUACGGUCUAGUAAAGCGGCAACAAGGGAG